CUAGACUUCAGAAUAAACCCAACCUGUUCUUGGAUUGCUUGAUUGAGUCAUAGCUUUGUGUGCAGUCGCUCAGACGAGUUCCAAACCAAGAGGAAAUCAAACCAACUGUCGAGAAGACAAACCUGAACACAAGCUUGAAAGCUUUUGACCCUUACCUGCCUCCCCUUGAUUUACUGCACUUUGGUCCAGUUUCCCCAACCCUGACACCAAUUCAGGAUGGACAGGAAGCUGCUUUGUGUGACGCUGUCGGUCCAGCCGUCCCGAGGGAUUGUGGAUGAGAAGUUCACCGUCUUGGUCCAGAACCUCCCCCCCGGGUUCCAGCUGACCGUCCACGCCCUCCACCAGUGUGAAGACGGACACAGCUGGGAGGCUUUUGCUCACUACACCGCCGACACCACCGGGGCUGUGAACCUGUCACAGGAUCCCAGUCUGGGCGGGACAUACUCUGGGGUUGAACCGAUGGGUCUACUGUGGAGCCUCAGACCAGUUCCUGGCACCAAAACUGGACUCAGGUUGAGGAAGGUGAACGUCCAGACCCCCAUGGUGGUCACAAUCUCGGUGUACCAGGGUCACCAGAUGGAGGGCUUCUUGGAUCAGGUGCCGCUGGCCAGUGUGGUGGUGGAGCGAUGGUACAUGGCACCCGGAGUCCGUAGAGUCCCAAUAACAGAGGGCAGUCUCACUGCGACCCUCUUCCUGCCCUCAGGACCUGGACCUUUCCCCGGACUCUUGGACCUUUGGGGGGAUGGAGGGAAUCUGGUGGAGUACCGGGCAGCGCUGCUGGCCUCUCACGGCAUCGCCUCCAUGGCCCUCGACUACCUGACGGCAGAAAUCUGUAGGGAAACUGGGAAAAUGGUGGAUUAUGAUUACUUUGAGACGGCCUUUAGAUUCCUGGAGCAGCAUCCUCAGAUCCUCGGCAGCAGGAUCGCCAUGCUGGGUCUUUCCUUUGGCACUGCUGUCACUCUCAGAAUGGCUGUUUACUCCGAGGUUAUCAAGCUCAGAUGUGCAGUGUGUAUCAGUGGGAGUCAUGUGCAGCCGAUUGACGGACCUGUGGAACAAAUAAUGGUUUACUUAAACAAAAACGUUGAGAAGACUCGCUACGACAAAGAUAACCAGGUGAUCUGGAGAGAUCUGCUGCUGCCCAUCCCCACGGACCCCUCACUCAAAGUGGAUGUGGGACGACUGCGGUGUCCUCUGCUGCUCGUUGUAGGUGAGGACGAUCAGAACUGGCCAUCCUGCGAGUCUGCAAGUGAUAUGAAAGAGAUGAUGGAGCGGGCGGGGAACAGCCACCUGCUGACUGUCCUGUCCUACAAGAACGCCGGUCACCUGAUCGAACCUCCGUUCACACCGUUCGCCAGAGCCAGCACCUUCAAGCCUGUCAGCAGCCAACCGAGCAAGGUGAUGACUCUGUGGGGCGGAGAGCUGGUGGGACAUUCUCGCGCUCAGGAAGACGCCUGGAGGAAGACGCUGGUCUUUCUGAGGGAGAAUCUGUACGGCGACACGAAACCUGGUGCUUUAUUUUCCAACCUGUAACCAAAACAAGUAAUAUCUGUAGAGUCGUAAAAUGGCACUUCUGGCACCUUUGGUUCAGGAAGUAAAAGUUAUCUUUACCAUGCUCAAA